AUGGACCAGGAGGAGGCCUCAAGGGAUCAGCAGGUCCCCGAUAUAGGGCCACUUUUGAAUCGAACAAUAUGGCUCCUCGCAGGUAUCGCCAGUCUAUUCCUCGGCCUCCGCCUCUAUUCAAAGAUUUCGAGAGGAAGGUCGCUCUGGUGGGAUGACCACUUUUUGAUCAUCAGUUUGUUGGCUCUACUGGCGUCCACUUCGCUGCAGUCGGUCUGCGUGAGCCUCGAUCUCGGUAAACCCAACUACGCCAUCAAUCUUGCCACUCUCCAAGACAUGUCCAUGUACUCUUAUAUCGCCGGCUUCCUAUCUAUCCUCGCAGUUCUCUGGAGCAAGGUCUCAUUUGCCCUUACGCUCCUGUCCAUCUCGACCGGACGGACCAAGAGGUGGCUUUGGCUCAUCAUCAUAUCGACGAACGUUGUCCUCGGAGUCAACGCAACGGGGCAAUGGAUCCAGUGCUGGCCAGUGCAGAGACUAUGGGAUAUCACGGUCCGGGGCGAAUGCUGGCCCAAGAGAACAGUGGAGAUCAUAGGGACAACCGGAACUGGUAAGGCGAAAGAUGACGUGGCGAAGGAUUAG